AAAAAGUCACCUGGCAGCAGACGAAGAACGUCCACAAGAAUUCGGACACCUCUCUCUCUUAUAUUGGGUCUUGUAUCGGUCAGUGGAUCAUGAAGUCCUUCAACCACUUCCAGCAGGCGACUAUGAUGUUUUUUUAUGUCUGCAAUACACAUAUAGAGUAUCAAAAACUAAUCAUUGACUAGCUAGUGAAGUACAUUCGAAAGAAACUUUGUUGCUCUAGUCGGUCAUUUCAACAUUCAUUAUCACCUGCUGCAAGUUCACGACACGCUUUUCCCAAAUUGCCGUCAUCGCUCAAUAUUGCCGACAGUUUUCCGCUGACAUCCAUCACAACACGUGUGAAACUUAAAAGCGCUGUCUAGCAAUUUACUUCAGCUUUCGUAAGAAAGCAACAACAGCGAACACUAACAGUAAAUCCGUAUCAGUUCAUAACAAGAAUACAGAAAAUAAACACAUUUUUGUAUCAUAAGAAUCUUAUUUAUCACUUUUAAUCGAAGACACAACUUCUGCCUAAAUGUAAAUAUUCAAAUCAAAGACACUGACGAAAACAACAUACAACAGAGUCCUCUACAUCACAAACCGUGAAUUAAAACAGUGAUGCGCAAAUGUCGCUUUGUCAAAGAAAUGGGUACGGUCAGAAAAUGGUUCGCGAAGCAUGCGAAAUGCUGAAAAAUAUAUUUGAAAUGCCUUUAGUUAAUGGGCAUUCAGAAUGGGAGGAUGUAUAGGAAUUAGGAGGAAUAGAGAUGACGCCACAGAAGAUAUUUCAGGCAAUAUAACGAGGCCAAAUUCAGGAAACACCCGUAAGAACCAUCCCCUGUGUCAUGAGACAAUUCGGUGGAAGUCUGAUGUGCCAUUGACAGAGGGACAAUUGCGAAGCAAAAGGGAUGAGUUCUGGGACACAGCACCAGCUUUUGACGGCCGGAAGGAGAUUUGGGAUGCCUUACGAGCUGCAGCGGUAGCAGCAGAAUCAUCAGAUUAUGAACUUGCGCAAGCCAUCCUAGAUGGGGCGAACAUAUCAGUUCCUAAUGGUUUCUUGACUGAAUGCUAUGAUGAGCUUGGCACUCGUUACCAAGUGCCUGUGUAUUGUUUGUCGUAUCCCAUCAACAUUGUGAAAGAAGAUAAUGGUAGAGAUUCCCCAGCAGAAUGCUCAGAACCAGUUGAUGGAGGCUUGGAAAUGAUUUUGAAGCUAAGGUUGUCUUCUACAUGCACUGAUGUCAAACUUACAGUGUCGACAAGAGAUACUAUUGGAAUGGCAAAAAGAAAAUUGCAGUUGCAGGAAGGUCUCGAACCUUCUCGUCAGCGAUGGUUUUUUGGUGGGAAACUCCUUGGUGACAAGCUUCGCAUUGAAGAGACGAAAGUUUUACCUGGAUAUGUUGUGCAAGUAAUUGUCAAUAAUGACCAGACAUCUGCUGCAGAGACUUGAACUGUAUCUUCAAAGUGACCUUUUCAUUUUUAAAAAGGAGUUUAGAUUUGUUAUAAUGGUUGGCAUAAAAGAACAAUGACUGUUAUUUCCUAAUAGAUAUGUACAUGUGUGUAUGAGGUAUAAAGGUGUGUCUAAUAUGAAAACGGGUGUAUAUUGUUUACUAAUCACAUCUGUAAGUUGUGUAAUGUUGUGAAUUUUCUAAAAACUGCAAUUAUAUUGCAUUCUUCUUGCACAGAAGUCUCAGUUUUUAUCGGCCUUAUUUUAAUGGUAUACUAAAGAGGCAGAAAAUACUGUGAUAAUGGAUACUCACAAAAUACCAUGCACAGAGGAACAUUGUGAGUCCUUUAUUUCACAAUGAAACUCCAUUUACUCUUUGCUAAGUUUGUAGUUUCAAAUUUUAUUCUGCAGACAGAGUGUAAUUAACAGAUUCACUGUAUCAGGCAGCAAAACUUGCUUUUCCAACAAGCACUGUUUCCAGCAGUAGUAAUUGUUCUAGUCUUAAUAUUUCUUAGUGUUGCUUUCAUAAACUACUGACAGUGAAUAUGAAUAGUUUUAUCGCUUCAUUGCUUUUGGAGCUGAUUAUUCUGAGACUUUAUUUUUGUUACAGUGUUAAUAUUUUUUCCUGUUUUACAUGGUGCAGGGAUUUGUCGUUUCACAAUUGCUGAUUAUAAAUUAGCAUUUCAUAGGUAUUAUUUGUGUCAGAAGCCUCUCAUCAUAAUACGUGUCUCAUUAGACAUGUUUGAAAAUAUUACAGAGGGUUCUGUAGUUUUCUGUGAUGAUUUCAUGAUUGGUCAUAUAUAAUAGCAUAAAACUAGUUCAGUCAUUGCUUUUUAUUUAUGCAGAAGCAAGGUUUUGAUUUAUGCAAGAGCAAAGAAGUCUGUGUUCAGAUCAGUGCCAAACAAGCAUUCCAAUCAAUAUUACACAGUUUUUGUGCCUAAGAAAUAAAUGUAAAUAGAGCUGUGUCUGUUUAUGUUUAAAACUAGACUGAAACAGAUGCUCUCCUUAGUAUGGCUGCAUUGAAAUUUAGGUGUCAGGUUCAAAACCUGUUUCUGACAAGAUUUCAGUUUUUAAUUUUUGGAAGAAAAUUACAUUCCUCUCAUCAUAACUAGAGUGACAAAAUAUGGAAGGAAAAACUGUUGAUGGGAAAACAUUAUUUACUUAUAUUUUUUGAUUUGUGUGUGGUUUUCAAAAGUGCAGUGAUGUGCAUUUGUUAGAAGUGACUAAUAAUACACAGUUGAGUUUGACUUGCUUGUCACAGGAGAAACAGAAGUUCUUCCUAGUUUGUCACUUUCAAAACUUUUGAGAAACCACUAAGGAAUAACCACCCACAAUGCCAUUUAUAAUGUAAUUAGUGGCAUUAUCCUUUCCCAGCUUGCUGUGUUUGUUAUGAGGAGGAUGGCAAUUUCACAAAAUAAUGAGUUACAAUAAGGGCUGGCCAAGUUAAAAGAUCUUUUAUUUUUAAUGAUGUACUUACAUUUUGAGUAUCACUUCUGUACAUUGCAGUUUCUCAGGUAAUUUUAUCUUUGUAACUGUGGCAUGUAACAUAAAUUUCGUAAAUAAAUUAUUUACUGAAUGCCCUCACUACUGAAAAUCUUAUUUAUGACAUGCACAAAUAGUGGAUAACUGUCAUGUAGAAAGUGGUACUACUGCUGAGACUGAGAGGGAACAUUUUCCUUAUACUGUUUGUUGUGAAUAUUUGCUACACCAUUAUUAUUUUUAAUUUAUUAGAUUCUUAGUUUAUGGCUAUAUUGUUCUCUUGUGCUCUGUUAUUUGUGUAAGUGGUAAAAUGAUCUUCACAAAUGUAACAUUCAUUAUAUUAUUAUUGUGGUAUCUUCUCUAUUGAUCUUUUCCUCGACACAUACGUGAAUGAGUGGAAAGACUGGGGAAAGGGGAGGGGAGUCAAGAUUCUCAAUGAUUGUAAGUACUUUCUUGCGGCAUUCAGAAAUAUUGGGUUUGUUUAAUUUUAAUACCUCAGUACAAAAUGUUUUCUGUAUCAUUUAUAAAGCUAUGUAAUUUAAUAGUAUUUAUUUAGCAAAGAUUGUGGAGCAUUGAUAUAUUUUGUUACUCAUUUUCCUGUCAUUUAUUAGCGCUUCAAUAAACUAUUAAAUGUAGAA